GUGUUCCUAAUUGCAUGAUUUUUAACUUUAUAUGGCUGCUAUGUAAUGUGAUGUGUGUGCAGAGAACAUCACCAGAUUGGAAAUUCCAUGGAAUUAUAGUUGGUACUAUUCUGCAAUGUCUCUAAUUGAAAGCCAAAGUGAGGACAGACAAAGUGACGAACAAGUGAGAUAUCUGCAAGCCAACAGCAGAGAACUCAAUUCUACAUUUGGGUAUCCUAACAAUACCAUCAAGACCUCAAGAUACAGCGUCUUUAACUUCUUGCCCCUGAACCUAUUUGAACAAUUCCAGCGACUUGCAAAUGCAUAUUUCCUCAUUUUGCUAUUCCUACAGUUGAUUCCCCAGAUCUCCUCCUUGGCAUGGUACACAACUGUGAUACCCCUGAUGGUGGUGCUGUCCAUAACAGCAGUGAAGGAUGCCAUCGAUGACAUGAAAAGACACCAAAAUGACAAUCAAGUCAACAACCGUUAUGUUCUGGUGGUGAUGAAUGGCAGGAUAAAGGAGGACAAAUGGAUGAAUAUUCAAGUGGGAGAUAUAAUAAAACUAAAAAAUAAUCAGUCUGUCACGGCUGAUAUGCUAUUACUCUCUAGCAGUGAGCCCUGCGGUCUGACAUAUAUAGAAACAGCAGAACUGGAUGGUGAAACCAACCUGAAAGUGAAGCAGGCCAUCUCAGUUACCAGUGACUUGGAAGAUAACCUGGGGCUACUGUCUGCCUUUGAUGGAAAAGUGAGGUGUGAGUCUCCCAAUAACAAGUUGGACAAAUUCACAGGAAUACUGACUUACAAGGGAAAAAACUACAUCCUGGACCAUGACAAGCUGCUACUCCGAGGCUGCAUCAUCAGGAAUACAGAUUGGUGCUAUGGCUUGGUGAUUUAUACCGGACCAGACACCAAAUUAAUGCAGAACUGUGGAAAGUCUACCUUUAAGCGGACGCACAUGGACCAUCUCUUGAAUGUCCUUGUGCUCUGGAUUUUCCUGUUUUUAGGCAGCAUGUGUUUUAUCCUAGCAAUUGGGCAUGGCAUUUGGGAGAACAAUAAAGGCUACUACUUCCAGGAUUUUCUGCCAUGGAAAGAAUAUGUGUCUUCAUCAGUUGGCUCUGCUGUCCUCAUAUUCUGGUCCUACUUCAUUAUUCUCAACACUAUGGUGCCCAUUUCCCUUUAUGUCAGUGUUGAGAUAAUAAGAUUGGGCAACAGUUACUAUAUCAACUGGGAUCGGAAGAUGUUUUGUGCACCAAAGAACACACCAGCACAGGCUCGCACCACCACCCUUAAUGAGGAGCUUGGCCAGGUCAAAUAUGUGUUCUCUGACAAAACAGGAACUCUGACUCAGAACAUCAUGAUUUUCAAUAAGUGUUCUAUUAAUGGGAUAUUCUAUGGUGGUAUCUAUGACAAGAAUGGACAGAGGGUAGAAGUCUCUGAGGAAACAGAAAAGGUCGACUUCUCCUACAACAAACUGGCUGAUCCUAAGUUUUCAUUUUAUGACAAGACUUUGGUAGAAGCAGUGAAAAAGGGAGAUCGCUGGGUGCACUUGUUUUUCCUUUCACUCUCAUUGUGUCAUACUGUGAUGUCAGAAGAGAAAGUGGAAGGUAAGCUGAUGUACCAGGCUCAGUCCCCAGAUGAAGGUGCCCUUGUCACUGCUGCCAGGAACUUUGGCUUUGUGUUCCGUUCCCGCACAUCUGAGACGAUCAUGGUAGUUGAAAUGGGUGAGACCAAAGUCUACCAACUGCUGGCUAUUUUGGACUUCAACAAUGUACGCAAGAGAAUGUCUGUUAUUGUGAGGACACCUGAAGAUCGAGUAAUGUUAUUCUGCAAGGGUGCAGACACCAUCCUCUGUCAGCGGCUCCAUCCAUCCUGUAGGUCCCUCAGAGAUGUGACCAUGGAACAUUUAGAUGAUUUUGCUGUUGAAGGCCUCCGCACCCUCAUGGUGGCCUACCGAGAAUUGGAUAAUGCAUUCUACCAGGCCUGGAGCAAGAAGCACAGUGAAGCAUGCCUGUCUUUGGAAAAUCGGGAAGAUAAAAUGUCAGAUGUCUAUGAAGAGAUCGAAAAAGACUUGAUGCUGUUAGGGGCCACAGCCAUAGAAGACAAGCUGCAGGACGGUGUACCUGAGACAAUCACCACCCUGAACAAAGCCAAAAUUAAGAUGUGGGUCUUAACUGGAGAUAAGCAAGAGACUGCUGUAAACAUUGCCUAUGCCUGCAACAUAUUUGAUGAUGAAAUGGAUGGGAUGUUCAUCGUGGAAGGCAAGAAUGAUGAGACUGUUCGGCAAGAGCUCAGGUCAGCAAGGGUCAAGAUGAAACCUGAGUCUCUACUGGAAUCAGACCCAGUAAACACUUACCUCACCACGAAGCCCCAUAUGCCCUUCAGAGUACCUGAGGAGGUGCCCAAUGGCAACUAUGGCUUGAUCAUCAAUGGCUACAGUCUGGCCUAUGCUCUAGAAGGGAACCUGGAGUUGGAACUGCUGCGAACAGCGUGCAUGUGCAAGGGGGUAAUCUGCUGCCGAAUGACACCCCUUCAGAAGGCCCAAGUGGUAGAGCUGGUGAAGAGGUACAAGAAGGUGGUGACACUGGCCAUCGGGGAUGGGGCCAAUGACGUCAGCAUGAUCAAAGGCUGGGAGCCCAACAGACAAGCUCUAUGGUUGAGAAGCUUCUGGGAUUUCUUUGCAGCUGCCCACAUUGGGGUUGGCAUCAGCGGCCAGGAGGGAAUGCAGGCCAUGCUCAACAGUGACUACGCCUUCUCCCAGUUCCACUAUCUUCAGCGUCUACUCUUGGUCCAUGGCCGCUGGUCCUAUAAUCGCAUUUGCAAGUUCCUCAGCUACUUCUUUUACAAAAACUUUGCCUUCACCCUGGUGCACUUCUGGUAUGCCUUCUUCAGUGGGUUCUCUGCACAGACUGUUUAUGAUACCUGGUUUAUCACUUUCUACAACCUGGUCUACACCUCCCUCCCUGUCCUGGGCUUGAGUCUGUUUGAUCAGGAUGUGAAUGAAACGUGGAGUCUUCGCUUCCCAGAGCUGUAUGAUCCAGGCCAGCACAACCUCUAUUUCAACAAGAAGGAAUUUGUGAAGUGUUUAGUGCGUGGGAUCUAUAGUUCCUUCGUGCUGUUCUUUAUCCCUAUGAGGUCCAUGCACAACUCAGUGCGCAGUGAUGGGAAAGAGAUCUCCGACUACCAGUCCUUCUCCCUGAUAGUUCAGACCGCCUUGCUGUCCGUGGUCACAAUGCAGAUUGCCCUGGAUACAACCUACUGGACGGUGAUAAGCCACAUCUUCACCUGGGGCAGCCUGGGUUUCUACUUUUGCAUCUUAAUCUUCCUGUACAGUGAUGGCUUGUGCCUAAUGUUCCCCAACGUCUUCCAAUUCCUAGGUGUGGCCAGGAACACUCUGAACCUGCCACAAAUGUGGCUGAUUAUUAUCCUCAGCGUGGUCCUCUGUAUUUUGCCUGUGAUUGGGUACCAAUUUCUCAAGCCACUAUUCUGGCCUGUCAACGUGGACAAGAUUAUGGACAGAAUUCAUCUUUGCAAGAGACCUCCACUGCCACCCCCUACCCGGACCAAACUGAAAUACGCAAGCUCUCGACGUUCUGCCUAUGCAUUCUCCCACAAACAGGGCUUUGGGGCCCUCAUCACUUCAGGCAAAACAAUGAAGGACAGGGUAUUCAAGAAAAACAGCUUUCCUUUUAAAAAGUAGAGGCCCUUAGGGAAAUCCCAAAGGAAUCAGUCAUUGCUCUUCCUCCCUUUAUUACACAACUGAAUAAGGAUGGAUUUAGAGCCCCCGGGAAACUAACAGAAACCUGCCCUUCUGCGCUCACUCCAGGGACUCAGCCUCUUCGUUUCCUAGAAGGUUGUGCCCAGGAAGGCAAGGAAAGGUAAAGAAAGAGCCUCCAGAUAUCUGUCAGAAUUGCAGCAUUUCAAGAAAAAGUGACAUCAGGCUUCCCUUCCAUCAACCCUUCCAAGUUUUAAUCCAAACAAGCAAAUAUGGAAGUGGUGAGUGAAGAGGGGCAAUGUGGGAAAGAGAAAAAAAAUAUAUGACCUAAGAAUCUUACUUUGGUCCCUGUUUCCCACACCCAGAGCAACCAUAAACCUUGCCAGGGCCCCACACAAACAUAUCCCAUCCAGACACCCUUCUCAGGUUUAUCUGGGGGCUUCAGGGUAAGUCUUUUGCUGGCCCUAUGUCUCAAAAGAAGGAGGCAGCUAUGAAAAGUUGGUCAUAAAAAGCUGAAGGAGAGUUCCUGGAACAAAAAAAAAGAGGAGCUGGUUCCUGCCUUGAUAAGACAGCUCAAGAUUUUGCCUUCUUCCCCUCUCGUUGACCCCUUUUACCCAAGAACUGACACCUUUUCAGGCUUCAGAACUGGGAGAGGGAGACUGCUGGGGAUGUUUAAAAAUCUUUUCUUGAGAGGGUAUAAGCCACAAUUGAUGAACAUUUGUCUUCAUUCCAUAAAAUUACUUUGAGAAGAAAUUGUUUGUACUUGGGAAAUUGUUUCUGAGAGGUAUAUGGAGUAAUAAAUUGCUUAUU